UAAUAAGCCCCAAAAAAUGCGAAGCAGUGUUUAAAGCCCCGAGUCUCACAUAUUAACGCAGUCUAUGUCUGCUUUGCCGCCAUAAACAAGCAUAGCGCCUAAAAUAAUUUUCAAAUGUUGUUCAAGCUUUUUCAAACCAGCCAUGGAUAUCUCUGUUCCACCCUGAUCAAAAAACAGUUCAAAAACCCACAAUUUCUCUUUCCCAUUUCGCACCUUCACAAUUGCAGCAAAGCUUCAGAUUUCACAGCGAACGAAGUCGAACAGCUUCAAUCUUCAAAACCCAUUAACAAAUUUACCCAAUUGCCUUCGAACACCACCAAAGGACCAUCCAUGGCCAAAGAGGAGUUUUGGGUCAAUAUCUCGCAUCCAUGGCCUGAAUGGGUGGACCUGAUGGAAUGCUUGUUGAAGAGAGGCUACUUUGAAGGAUAUGAAAACCCAUUUCGAAGUUCCCAAGUGGGUCUGAAGGAAUCGAACUAUAUUCGGACUGCGUGCCUCAAUUUUGCUCGGGAUCAGUAUAAUGUUAUAAGGUUCUUAUCUAGAAAAGACAUCCAAGUUAUAGCAGGAUGUGGAUGCCCAAGUAUAGAUCGGAAAGUUGUCAACUCAGGAAAGCGUUUGAGGGCACAUGUGGGCAUUGAUGAAGGAGAUAUUUGCAGCACCUGCAAUUUGAGGGGAGACUGUGAGAGGGCAUAUGUGAAGGCACGUGAAGACGAAGGUGGGAGGACUGUGGAUGUUAUGCGUUUCUUGGUAACAUAUGGACUUGAUCAUAUUACUGGCAUGGUGAAAAACAGGCCAUGCUUAAACAAAGUGGUCAAAGAAUCAGUGAGAAGGCUGCUGAAAGAAAUGAUAGAGUAUGGCAGUGGAGAUCUGGAUUCUAACAUCCCGAAGUCCACAAAAUUGGAAGAGGUUGCAUCAGUGCAACAUCAUUCAAGCACACAAGAGAAAUGCCACACAAGUGUCCCAGUGAAGCAGGGCGAUUGGCUUUGUCCCAAUUGCAACUUUCUGAACUUCGCCAGAAAUAUUAAGUGCUUGCGCUGUGAUAAUUUAUUUCAAGAAAAACUGCAGCAACUAAGGGAGGAUCUGGAUCAUCUUCCACUGAAAAAAGGGGACUGGAUAUGUGGGAAAUGCAAUUUCUUGAAUUUCGCGAAGAACUCAAGAUGCUUAAUCUGCAAAGAGAAGCCUCCAAAGCGGCAGCUAAAUCCAGGGGAAUGGGAAUGUGACUCGUGCAAUUACAUAAACUUUAGGAGAAACAUGGUGUGCUUGAAAUGCGACCAUAGACGACCAAAGACAGCAAAUUCUUCAGAAACUUCUGGUGAACCUCUACUUGCAAAUGGAGGUAACCAUGAAAAUAACAGAUUGAGGUUGGCCAGAGGUGAAAGUGAUGUUUAUACUCAACCAUCUCUGCAACAACAUAGGCAAAGUCGAAACAGAAGGUCGGAUGUAUGGAGAUUUGUGGAAGAUGAGAAGGAAGAAUGUGCUGACUCGAACUCAGGCAAUGGGGCUUCUGGUUUUGUGGAUUUUCCCAUUGCUGGAGGUAAGAGUAACUUGUCUCAGAAUGCAGACAAAAAAGAGAGAUGGAAAUUGGAGAUGUUGGAGAGGAGCAAAGGCACAUUUAAGGCCAAAAAUGAGGAUGAAUUUGGAUCUGUCAGGAUUUACAGAAGCUUGGAGCCUCCAGACUUGACUGAUGACGAAGACAUGGCUGGUUGGUUUGGGCAUGGAAAGGUAGCAACAAGAAGGAAUGUGUCUGGAAGUGGAACUGAUUGAGAAGUUUCAAGAUUUAGUUGGAAGAUUGGUUCUAUUUCUACUACGAAUACAUGGAUGUCAAAUCACCAACAAAGAGGAAGUGUCAAUCUCAUUUGAAAGUUUCUUAGAUUUCUGAAAUCUAAUGUAUUAAUCAUUUUCCAUUUUGCAAAAAGAUAUGUUGAAUAAAUCCAAUAUAGCUUUUUAACGAACGAAAAAUAUUAUUUGUUACCGUUGAUAACCGGUGAUCAUCAAUAAAAUUUAUGUCUUAUAAUAAUUUAAAUAAUUAUUAUUAAAAAAUUUA